AUGACAGUGGCCUGGCGCGAGCCCACGACUGACGAAAGCUGCUUAUCCCGCUCGGUUUCCAUGGAGACGAGCAGGAGCAGCGGCGGCAGCGGCAGCAGCGGCAGCAGCAGCGAGGCUGUCAGGGAGCUCGGCUGCUAUCGCGCGUCCGCGGGGGUCUGCAGGAGGAAGGAGGAGGCCGGGGCUGGGACCCUCGCGGCAGACAUGGACUUGCAUUGUGAUUGUGCCGCUGAAACGCCGGCCGCCGAGCAGCCGUCGGGGAAGAUUAAUAAAGCUGCUUUCAAAUUAUUCAAGAAGAGGAAAUCGGGUGGCACCAUGCCCAGCAUUUUUGGGGUCAAAAACAAAGGGGAUGGGAAAAGCUCAGGUCCGACGGGGAUGGUGAGGAGCAGGACCCACGACGGAUUAGCCGAGGUGGUGGUGCUGGAGGGCAGCAAAAAGGAGGAGCCGCGCGCCGGGGGCGACAGUGGCGGGGGCCGUGGCGGCGGUCGGCCGAACCCUGGGCCCCCCAGAGCCGCGGGGACCGGCGUGGGCUCCCUAGCCAACAGCUCGGUGGCCAAGUCUCACAGCUUCUUCUCCCUUUUGAAAAAGAACGGGAGAUCGGAAAACGGCAAAGGAGACCCUACAGAUGCGAGCAAGGCUGGCGGCAAACAAAAGAGGGGGCUGAAAGGGAUCUUCAGCAGUAUGCGCUGGCACAAGAAGGACAAACGCGGCAAGGAGGAGGAGAAGGAGGCGCACGCGGCCGGCCAGGGCAGCCUGAUCUUGCCGGGUUCGCUCACCGCCAGCUUGGAGUGCGUCAAGGAGGAAACGCCCAGAGCCGCGUGCGAGCCGGAGACCCCCAGCCAGGACGCCCCUAGAGACCCAGCAGGUGAGCUCGGAGGGGGAGAGGAGGUGCCUGCCUCCGCUGAUCGCGCCCCAGCGCGGACCUGCCGCGAGGCCGAGAGCCCCGGGUGCCCUAACGACAAAAGCGCCCGGGGAGAGGACGCCGCGGGGCAUCGGCGCGCCGAGAAGCCCCGGGCACCCCCUGAGUCGGGAGCUGGUGAGGUCCACACUGCCGAGGAUGCUUCCAGGACAGGCUGUGGAGAUAUUAUUGCAGACCAAGAGGAAGAGGCAGGUCCCAGCUGUGACAAGCAUGCCCCCGGGCCAGGCAAGCCAGUUCUCUCUAAAAAGAACCCCAGCGUGGUGGCCUACCAAGGAGGAGGGGAAGAGAUGGCCAGCCCGGAUGAGGUGGACGACACCUAUCUCCAGGAAUUCUGGGACAUGCUCUCCCAGACUGAGGAUCAAGGACAAGGGCCCCAAGAGGGAGCGGCUAAGGUGGCAGCUGCACUGGAGACCAAAGUGGUGCCAGAGACCUCCAAAGAUGCCAGAAGUGUAGAAGCGUCCAAGGACGUGUCCUUGGUCAAACGCAGGAGGCUCAACAGGAUCCCCAUUGAGUCCCAUCCGAAGGAACAGCCCAAACACCCAGAGAAAGAGAAGGAGCAACAAGAAGGCGUCCCCAACAGUGACGAGGGCUAUUGGGACUCGACCACUCCGGGUCCAGAGGAAGAAAGCGCAAGCAGUGGUAAAAAGGCUGGCAUCCCCCGGGAUAGCUACAGUGGGGAUGCGCUCUAUGAUCUCUAUGCUGACCCGGAUGGAAGCCCAGCAGUCCCUCCUGCCAACGAGGAGACGUCUUGCUUGUCUCGGUUAAAGCCUGUGUCUCCAGGAACCAUCACCUGUCCACUGCGAACACCAGGCAGUUUACUGAAGGACUCCAAAAUCCCUAUUAGCAUCAAGCAUCUCACGAACCUUCCAUCCAGCCAUCCAGUUGUGCACCAGCAACCAACCAGGAGUGAGAUGCCCAGAACAAAAAUUCCGGUCUCCAAAGUGCUGGUUCGCAGGGUCAGCAACCGGGGCUUGGCUGGAACCACCAUCCGGGCAGCAGCUUGCCACGAUAGUGCCAAAAAGUUGUGA